GCUUAAUUUACUUUUAUUAUAUUUUGUCUUUAUUUUACACAUUUUUUCCACGAAUUUUAAAUUCUAUACUAUUUCAAGAAUUUCUCUUUUUCAUCGCAAUUCUUACACCAUAUUGUUGUUACUCGGUUUUUAUUAUAUUUUAAUGAUAUUUCCCCGAUUCUUUACUAUUGAUUAACGAUGAGUUAAAAAUAUAUGAAAAGUUGUACAAAAGAUGUGGAAUUUGGCGGUAAUACUACUAUUACUAAAAUGUGUGGAAUCCUUCCGCAAUCCUAUGGAACACAGAUUCCACCUAUUAUUAAAUACAGUAGACAGUCCUAACAGUAUAAAUAACAAUGCUUUGGAAUCCAAGCAACUCAGAGACAAUUUCAAGACAAACGCCACAAAUCAAAAAAAUAUCUUCUCCUUAACGGAUCUCAUUGGUACUAAUGAAAAUGAGCAUAAUCCUCAUGAUUUCUCCAUGUGCAUGAUCACCAAUACUGGGCAAACCGCCUACAAUCCCGUCUCAGAUAACGAUUUUGUGGAGACUAAGCAUGACACGAAGUUAAUGAUGAUGGGUAAUGGAGGACACGUGUUUAACUCUCAAGAUUACACAGACAAGGCAUGGGAGGCAAUCACUUCAUUAACUGAAAUUGCAAAUGAGUUUGACUCUUCUUAUGUUGAAGGCGAUAUGUUACUAUAUGCCCUGGUUAACGGCAAUGACGAUGUGGUUACAAGGGUCCUAACUAAUGUUGGAAUUGAUCCUGAAAACCUUAAAAAGGAACUUGAAAAUCAUCUUAGGAAACAAAUAAGAAUGUCAGGCUCAUUCGGUGAUCGCAAAAUCCUAGGCAGAAUCCUCGAAAAUGUUCUCAACAUCUCCAAACGAUAUAAAUCAGAAUUUGGCGACAAAUAUAUAAGUGUUGAUCAUUUAUUAUUGGGAUUGGCGGCUGAGGAUACGAAAUUCUUUAGACCUUAUUUGACAAGGAAUAAAGUAACACUUGAAAAAUUAAAGGAUUCCGUUUUGUCCAUUCGUGGUAAACGUAAAAUCACUUCAAGAAACACCGAAAACAGUUACAAGUUGUUGAAUAAGUUUAGCAAAGACUUGACGGAUAUGGCCAGGAAUGGUAAGUUGGAUCCUGUGAUAGGCCGUGAUAAUGAGAUAAGACGUACUAUUGAGAUUCUCAGUAGACGCACUAAGAACAACCCUGUUCUUCUCGGUGAUCCCGGUGUUGGUAAAACUGCCAUUGCUGAGGGCUUAGCUAAUCGUAUUGUUUCUGGUGAUGUUCCCGAUUCUUUAAAAAAUCGGAAAGUCUUAUCACUAGACAUUGCUGCAAUUGUUGCAGGUACAAUGUACAGAGGAGAGUUUGAGGAGAGAUUGAAGGAGAUUUUGAGUGAGAUAGAGAAUUCUCAGGGCGAGAUUGUCAUGUUCAUUGACGAGAUUCAUACUUUGGUUGGCGCUGGAGAGUCACAAGGUUCUCUGGACGCUGGAAAUAUUCUUAAACCAAUGCUGGCGAGAGGUGAAUUACGCUGCAUUGGUGCCACUACACUUCAAGAAUAUAGACAAAAAAUCGAAAAGGAUAAGGCUCUAGAACGGAGAUUUCAGCCUAUUUAUAUCGAUGAGCCGAAUAUAGAGGAGACGAUAAAUAUACUGAGAGGAUUAAAGGAACGUUAUGAAGUUCAUCAUGGUGUUCGUAUCCUCGACUCAACCCUAAUUCAAGCUGUCCUAUUAUCCAAUCGCUACAUCACUGAUAGAUAUUUACCGGAUAAGGCGAUAGAUUUGAUUGAUGAGGCUGCUGCGAAAUUGAAGAUUCAGUUGAGUAGUAAACCACUUCAAUUGGAUAUCAUUGAACGUAAACUACUGCAACUUGAAAUGGAAAAGAUUUCUAUACUCAAUGAUAACGAUAAUAUCGGAAUAUUAUCUAAGAAUGAGAAGAAUGACACUUUGAAACCGAAUGACAAAUUGCGAUUAGAAAAUAUCGACAAACUCGUCAAUGAGUUAACCAAACAAAAGGAUGAAUUGAAUGAGAUGUGGUUGAAGGAGAAAUCACUGGUGGAUAACAUAAGGAAUAUAAAGGAGAGGAUUGACAUUGUUAAGAUCGAGAUUGAUAAGGCUGAGCGUGACUUUGAUUUAAACCACGCCGCCGAAUUGAGAUUCGAAACUCUUCCAGAUCUUGAAAAUCAACUCAAAACCAAUGUCAACAAUUAUGAAAAUUACAUCAAACAGGUGAUGGAGACUGGCGGUAAUAUAUUAUUAAGGGAUACUGUAACGAAAGAAGAUAUUGCAAAUGUUGUUUCAAAAUGGACUGGAAUUCCAUUGAAUAAAUUGAUAAAGAGUCAGAAGGAGAAGAUCUUACAACUGAAUGAUGAAUUGCAUAAACGUAUUAUUGGACAGCAGGAAGCCAUUGAUGCCGUGGUUAAUGCAGUCCAACGUUCCAGAGUUGGCAUGAAUGAUCCUAAGAAGCCUAUCGCUGCUCUCAUGUUCCUUGGACCAACUGGCGUAGGAAAAACUGAACUAUCAAAAGCCAUUGCUGAACAAUUAUUUGAUUCUGAGGAAGCGAUAAUAAGAUUUGAUAUGAGUGAAUACAUGGAGAAGCACAGUGUAUCGAAAUUAGUUGGUGCUCCUCCUGGCUAUAUCGGUUACGAACAGGGCGGUUUACUUACUGAAGCUAUUCGUAGAAAACCCUAUUCUAUCUUAUUAUUUGAUGAAAUUGAGAAAGCACAUAGUGAUGUGUAUAAUAUAUUAUUACAAGUAUUGGAUGACGGAAGGUUAACAGAUUCACUUGGUCGUAAGGUGAAUUUCACGAAUUCUCUGAUCAUCUUUACUUCAAACCUUGGCAGUCAAAGUAUUCUUGAACUUGCAAGGCAUCCAGAAAAGAGAAAUGAAAUGAAAAACAAAGUCAUGACCUCUGUUCGACAGACUUUUUCACCUGAAUUUCUUAAUCGCAUUGACGAAUUCAUCGUUUUCGAUUCAUUAACUAAAAUAGAAUUGAAGAAGAUAGUGAAUAUGGAGAUGAUGAAGUUGAGUAACAGAUUAGCGGAAAAGAAUAUAAAACUAUCAAUAGAUGAUGCAGCGAUGAGUCACAUUGCUGAUAUUGGGUAUGAUCCAGCAUAUGGUGCACGUCCACUAAAACGCACAAUUCAAAAACAAAUCGAGUCGCCAAUCGCAGUUGGAAUUCUCUCCGACCAAUAUAAAGAACAUGACAAUCUACUCAUCUCAUACAAAGAUGGAAAAUUAACCAUACUCCCACAAUAAUCUCAUACACACAUA